CUUCGCGUGACCUUAAAGGGUCGUGCGCAGUCUAAAAGUGGUCGUAAAAUGCUAAGGUCGUUCCUCAAGAAGUUUAUAUCAGUUGAUGAGUCAGGGAAGAAACGCUUCUCAACCUCAAUAGGAAGGAAUACUAAUCCAGCAGAUAUAUGGGAGGUUAUUUCAGAGCUUGGAGAUGGGGCCUUCGGCAAAGUGUAUAAGACUCAAAAGCGUGACACUAACUUAUUGGCUGCACUUAAGCGAGUUGAUUUUGAUUCUGAGGAUGAGCUUGAGGAUUUUAUGGUAGAAAUAGAUAUCCUGACAAAUUUCAAGCACAAGAACAUACUCUCUUUGCAUGAAGUUUACAUAUAUGAAAACAAACUGUGGAUGUACCUGGAACUGUGUGGUGGUGGAGCUUUGGAUUCCAUCAUGGAGACGCUCGAAAAACCUUUAACUGAGGCUCAGAUCAGAUUUAUCUCCAGAGAAGUCCUACAAGGUCUUGGAUUCCUGCAUGAGAAGCUAAUAAUUCAUAGGGACAUGAAAGCAGGCAACAUUUUACUAACUCUCAAUAAUGAAAUCAAACUUGCUGAUUUCGGAGUCUCCGCCAAGUUAGCCGACGAAAAGCAGAAACGAUUUACAUUCAUCGGGACACCUUAUUGGAUGGCACCAGAAGUUAUCAACUGUGAAACUUCCAAAGAUGCACCUUAUAAUUGGAAAGCAGAUAUAUGGUCUUUUGGUAUAACUUUGAUUGAACUUGCACAAAGGAGACCACCUCAUAAUUCUACUAAUCCAACACGUGUUUUAUUAACAAUUUUGAAAUCUGAUCCACCAACUUUAUCUAGACCACAUUUAUGGUCUUCAAAAUUCAAAUUAUUUCUAGCACGUACUCUACAAAAAGAUCCAAAUCAAAGACCAGAGUGUAAAGAUCUUCUAUUAGAUCCAUUUGUUUCUGAUGUUACGGAAAGUGAUCGUAAAGAAAUUCAAAUACUUUUAUGUGAAGUCAAUGCAGAUAUUAUUGAAACAGUUGAAGAUUUCGAUCCUAAUGAACCUAUUGAUGAAAUUGACGAUAGCGAGUUAAAUUCACUUGGCCUUCUGACAACAGAUUCAAAUAAAUUGUCAAUUCCUGUCGAAUUGGAAUAUGAUAAUGAUGAUGAUGAUGAUGACAAGAAUGCAAAUGAUGAAGUUAACAAAGUAACUGAUCAUUUUAUCCGUAAUAAAAAUAAGAAUUUCAAUGAUAAGAAUGAUGAUAAUGAUGAUGGUGUUGUUGUUGAUCGAUCAGCUGGUGAAAAUCAUCCUAAUGAAAUAAUCAUACAACAAAGUGAUUCUGAUAACCGAAUAACUGAUUAUCUAAUUGAUGAAAUCACUGACGACUUAAUCACACAUGUAAUCACUGAUGAUACACAACAAUCCGCUUCAAUUACAUCAUGUGCAGUUGAAGCAAUGUGCGAUAUGCAAUCAGCUGUGAUCAAAUCACCAAAUACUACUUCCAGUACUCCGACUACUACUACUACUAUGAAUCAUCCUACUGUUGCUGUUACUCCUACUCCUGCUCAAGUGAAAUAUGAGGUUAAUAAUGGUGAUGUGAAAAAUCAUGUUCAUGAAGGAAUUACUCUUCGUAAAGAACAAUUCAUUCCAGAUCGUACGGCAGAUCAUUCGGCUAUCGUUCAUGAUUCAGCUAGGACGAAUCCAUCAUCAUUAUUGAUUUCCACAAAUGAUCAUCAUCAUAAUGAUAAUGAUAAUAAUAAUAAUAAAUCAGAAGUGUUUAUAUCUCCUCUUAAACGUCAAAAUAGCGCUUAUCGUACAAGAACACGAACUCGUAGAUUUGUUAUUGAUGGUCAAACGAUUACUACCACAUCUAAACGCAUUGUGAAUACUAAUGUAGAAGAGAAGAAGUUCCGUGAAGAUGAACAAGUAAAACGUAAAGCUGCAUUACGUGCAUUCAGAAUAUUAGCUAAACAAGAAGCACAUCAAACACGUGAAUUAAAUGAACGUGCACAACAACAAAUUGAUCUGUUAGAGAAUAAAAUGAAUACAGAAUUUUCAACAUUAACUAAAAGCUAUGAUCAUAGACUUGAAAUGGUUAUGCGUAAUUAUAAAAUACAAAUGGAACGAUUAGAUAAAGAAUUUGAAAUUGAAUUAAAACGUAUACGAACAGAAACUUCAAAAGAAGAGCGUUCAUUUAAAGAUCGUUUAAAAAGUGAAAUUCACACAUAUGAUCGUGUAAUGCGUAAAGCAGCUAAACGUGAUCUUCAAAAAUUUGAUCAUAAUUAUAAUUUAUCAAAUAAUUAUGAUAUAAAAUCGAAUUCAUCAUCAUUAGUAUCAAUAAAAUCAAAUGCCAGUAGUAAUAAUAAUAAUGAUAAUCAUAAUAAUACUAACAAUAGUAGUUCACUUGUUUCACAACGUUUAACAUUAUUUCGUGAAAAUCAAGAAACUUUAAUGAAUAGUCGUAUUUAUAAUUUACAUAAUGAAUAUAAUAAACGUAGAAAUUUAAUACAUUCUGAAUAUUUAAAUGAAAAUCAUACAUUACGAUUAAAUUUUGAAGAAGAUAAAUGGAAAUUAGAACAUCGUUAUUUAUCUAUGAAACAUCAAUUGGAUAGAAAUCGUCAACUUGAUUUAUUUAUGAUUAAACGUGAACAAUUAACUGGUCGAUCAGAACUUGAAUUAACCGAAUUAAAACAGACAAUCAAUAUGGAACGAAAUAAACUUCAAACAAUUCAUUCUAUAGAAAGAAAAAAUUAUAUCAAAUCUAUGAAAUCACUGAAUAAACGUAGUAUUCUAACAUUACAACGACAAUCGAAACUUAAUGCUAUCGAAAUGAAUGAAGCACAAAAACGUAUGAAUGAAGAAUUAGAAUUAUUAGAAUCGAGACAAAAAACUCAAAUUAAUGAAUUAGAACAAAGUAUACAUUAUCGUCUAUGUGAAUUAGAACAAAGUACCAAUGAAAAACGUAAUGCUUUAAUUGAUCAAGAAACUAAACGUUUACAAGAAUUAGAAAAUCGACAUCAAAAUGAAUUACGUAUCUAUUCAGAAUCGUUACCUCGUAUAAAAGCAUUAUUAAAAGAACAAUUUGCACAAGAAUAUAAAGAAGAUUCAUUUAAAAUAAAUUUUAACACUUAUCGAUCCAAUAAUAGUCCAAAAUCUCAUCGACAUAGUAGAUUACCAAUUCAUUUAUCAAAUUUAACAAAUCUACGUUGGGGUUCACUUUCGAAUUCUAGUACAAAAUUAAAUAGUAUGUCAGAAUCUCGUGCAAGUCGUAUUAUCACUUUAUUCUCGACAGAAUUAACGAAUAAUAACAGCGAUGUUAAUGAUAAUAAUGAUGAUAGCAAUAACAAUUAUCAUAAUUCAAGUCCUUCGGUUGCGAUGUGA